AUGGAGAGCCCGGGGAAGAGAAAGCAACUGGCUGGUACUUCCCGGCUUAAUCUCAACCGGUCGAAGCUAACGAGGACCCGUGAAGUACAAGCAUGUCAGCAGUGUCGCUCACGGAAGGUCAGAUGCGACCAGUGCAAGCCCCAGUGCCAGACCUGCAUAGCGCACCGUCGUCCUUGCAGUUAUACAGGGUCGGCUGGCGCCCUUCGUUCGGGAAAAGUCAGCUCUAAGGACACUGAGCGAGAGCUGGGUCAUAAAAUCUCUCUUAACCAGAAUGGUUUGCUUAAAGCCACUGUUGGCACCACCCCACGAUAUUUUGCAAGCUCCUCGUGGAUAGCUGCAGUGGAAGGCUGUGACGUGAACGGCGCUGAUUUUGGUCCCGACGAGGCCAGUUCAGGGUAUCGUCAAUCUCCGGGUGCAACAAUCGGAGAUUUCAUCCACCUUCCCGAAGUUGAUCACCUCAUAUCGUGGUAUGCGACGAAUUGUCACUUUUGGCAUCCAUUCGUUGAUAUAGAAGAGGUUACCUCCUCCGUCCAAUGUAUACGCAAUCACGGAAAGAGUUCGAGCAGCAGAUAUGCCCUGGUUGCAGCAAUAUGCUACUCGGCCGUGUCCUCUAUCAACGUCUCAGGUGAAUGCAAAUUGUUGAGCUCUACAGCAUUGGAAUGGAAUGCAACUGCCAAUCACCUAUUAAUCUCAGCCGGAUAUCCUAUCUCUCCAGACCUGGACAGCCUCCAAGCAGCUUUCCUCCUCGCCACCCCAAGUACGGCAGAGGAACGUUCACGCUUUGAUCCAGGCCCGGUGUGUGUACUCGUGCGAGCUGCGCAGUCUCUGGGCCUUCAUAGGGAGCCAUUGUCAUUCCAAUUAUCUGCCCGCAAUGCCGAUAUUCGUCGGGUGCUUUGGUGGUCGAUCUAUGCGCUGGAUGUCUCAUAUGCAAUGGCCCAUGCACUUCCACCGCUCAUAUAUCCGGCAACCUCUGAUGUGCGCGUUCUCGAUGGCACUCACACAUUAGAUCGGAAAUUAAUCACCACCAUCCACAGAGUGAGCGUGGUAAUGUCUAGGGCCUUUUUGGAAAUAUAUGGAGCUAGCCAGCCGACAUACCGGCAGAUCCAGUCCCUGGACGCCGAAGCGGCAAGGAUAUGCUCCGAAGAGGUUACGGACUCCCACGCCUCAGCUACCACCGCUCUUGAACGAUUCAUUGCGACGAGUCGGAGAAUGUGCUGCUUCAAAAUGAUCUUUGUCCUACACCAGCCCUACCUCCGGGCCAACCAAUGGCCGACCGAUGCCAGGAAAAAAACACUCUCCGCCUGCCAGGGUUAUAUCGACGAGUUCGUGCAGGCAAUUCAGGACAUGUCGUUAUCACCGUAUCGAUGGGUACUUCGCCACUUCAACAUGAUCCAUCCCUGUGCCAUUAUACUUCAAGACCUCAUCCAAAAUCCCGGAUCAGCAGAAUUGCAUGACCUACGAGAAACCGUAGACAAGUGCUUCUCAGCUCUAUCGACUGACUCACCACCGAACUGGACAAGUUUACAAAGACUUCGAGACAAGGCAUGGGCAGCGAAUCAAUGGCACUUGGAUGGCGAGGUCGACACUCUUGACUGGUUGGAUACAGGCCUCUUGGACUGGGAUCCGCUAUUUGCCUCCUUUAACUGGGACGACAUGUUACUGUUUAGUGGUGAGUUCCCCUUCUCUUUGAGAAUGGUCGCUAGCUCUGACCCAAGUUUAUCGGGACAUCAGACAACAGCGACAAUGUAG